CAUCCAAGUUUUCCGUUUCAUGCACUAUCGUAAGGAAGCGAACGCGGGUGCUUGAGGGAAACGACGAUUCGCUCCCUUGAAGCGAGGCUAUCGCAUCAGAAGUAACUGAAAUCCCGACGUCAAACUUCCUGAGCUGAGGGAGAGUCUGUAUGACUGUAAUGGCCUCCUCCAGGGCUAAUGGGAUGUGUAUAGGCCAGAGCGCCAGCUGCCCGAGAAGUGGCCAGCUGCGUAGGAGUUCUAGAAGUUUUGACGGACUCGAUGGAUACGCGGUUUUUAGGAGGUUCUCCGCAAUACUGCAGUUUUAGUUGAGUGAGCAUUUGAAAAGGUCGAAGCAGAUGUAGCCACGAGGUGCUGUCCGGGGAUGCAAGACCGUCAAUUCGCGAGGAGCGCAGAUCGCGAAUUACGAAUGUGUGCAAGCUGUCGGAAGCCACCGUGUCAGAAACAACGGCAGCUAUUGAAGAUAUGGAGAACGAUGUCAUGGAGCAGGAGGAAACUUUGAGAUGGCGAAGGAGUGCCAAUCGCCGGCUUGACCGAUCGCUACAUAGACGGGACAGAGACUUCGUGGCUAUCUCGAAUGAAGGAGUGCUGAGGUUGAGUGAGUCGAGUAUGCGAAGGCCAAAACAAUGACCAUUGUCAGGCCAGCUCGUCUCGGCAUUCAGGUCAAGUUGUAGGUUCCUGAAUGAGGGAAAGGUCGCGAUGUGCGUCAAUAUAUCUGUACUAAGGGGGCCGCAACGAAGAGAGCUGAGGGUUUUCCAGCAACAGAUAGCACUUGUUAUCAGGGUCAUCUUUGAGACAGUCAGGUUCCUGAACAAUGUUGGAACAAUGUAUCACCAAGGCCACCAUUUCCUUUGUACACGAAACUCUCUACCGCAGGACAGCGGGACCACAGCAACGGUUCCAGAUGUGGUCUUGUUUCCCUGAAGAGCAUCGUGAUGAUUUCCUCGGAAUCCGCAGUAAUCUUGAAUGUUUGGAUGUUUGGACCUAGAUAGAUUCGAUCCACAAACCCCGCGCCUGAGAGUGACCCGUUGAAGAACACGGUGAUUUCCUGUAGGUUGGGAAGCAGGGCAAUUCUUGGCCAAGGAUGCGCAAACAUUCGUCUCGUUGAUGAAAUCUUCAUCUUCGGUA